CUUUUGUUCUCUCUUUUCCCCUCUUUUGGGUUCCUUAUUGUUGCCGAAGGCUCAAUAAAGUCAUACGCGGAUCACAUUUGAAUCCAGAGAUCUCUUACCAACAACCUGCUAUUUUCAAUCUUUCCACUGCAGAACAAACCCUUUAAAAGGAAUUUCACACAGUGGGUGACAACCCCGUCGGUAUAAUGGUGGAUCCUCAAACUGGAAAGCCCAUGGUGUCUCUAUGUGGACAGGUGGAUUUCUCAUUUGCAUCUGCUUGGCAUCCUGAAGGCCGCAUUUUUGCCACGGGGAACCAAGACAAACCCUGUCUUAUUUGGGAUGCUCGAAACUUGUCAAAGUCUGUUGCUGUGCUGAAGGGCAAUCUAGGAGCCAUUAGAUCAACUCGUUUUACAUCUGAUGGGCAGUUCAUGGCGAUGGAAGAGCCGGCAGACUUUUGCAUGUGUAUGAUACGAAGGUUUGAGAAAGAGCAGGAGAGAGACUUUUUUGGGGAGAUCUCUGUUGUAUCUUUUAGCCCUGAUACAGAAUCCCUCUUUAUAGGAGUGUGGGAUCGCAACUAUGGAAGCCUCUUUCAGUACAACCGAUGCAGGAGUUACUCAUAUCUCGACUCCCUUAUGUGAUUAUCAGUCAUACCUUGUGAUCCUGCAUUUGCAAUUUCCUAUGAACAUGGGGAUGCUAGAUCUGACAUUCAUGCACAUGAUGAUGGUGACAUGCCUCAUGUUACUUUGCAGUAGAAAAGAAAUUGAGAAUAGACAUUAUACUGCUACAAUAUCUUGCUCUGAAAUUAUGAUGGGUGACAUUGUAAGAGAGGAAGAAAUCGGACAUGAUGGCAUAGAACCGAUGGAGAGCAUGUAGGGAGACUUGGCGCGUAUCUGGUUAGGUAAACUGGAAUCACUAAGGCUUGUGAUCGUUUAAUCUUUUCCCUGACCCUUCUUUUUUAGAAGAAAUCAUGCAAAAAUGGCAUAGCUCCUAUUCAGAUUUGCAAGUACAAGUAUGUUCUUGGUUGUUC